AUGCAUUCCCAAGGCCGUGUUACCUUCAAAUGUGUGCAGCCCUCUCCUCCGAGGAUCAUCUCCUCCUCUCCGCGCGCUCCUCCCUCACCUCCCUCGCAGCCACUCUCCUGUGCGUGCGCCUCAUCGCCUCCUGAGCUGCCUCCGCCCUCUCCCUCCUCCGCUCAGCCCUGCACUCGUCCCCCACCUCAUCCCCCUCUUACGCCUCCCCUGCAGCACCUCUUGCCAUCCCUCCGCCUCGCUCUCUGCUUUCCCAGCACCCUAGCCCCUCCCACACACUUCCUCGCUCACUCUCUCCCACCAACCACUCCCCUUUCAGAAUUUAACACUGCCCUUCCCCCCACCACGGGUGCACCCGCUGCGUCUGCUGCUGCGGCUGCAGUUGCUGCUGCUGCUCUGCCCCCACCGAUGGCUGCACCCUCCUCUGCCCCUCCCACUUCCCUGACACACGAAACCACCAUGAGUGUCUCACUUCAGCUAUUCCCCCCCUCCAUGCCUCCCUCUCUCCCUCCCUCCAUGUCUCCUUCCCUCGCUCCCUCCAUGCCUCUUUCUGCUCCCUCUUCUUCCCUUUCACCUCCCAACCCUUCUCUUGCGCCUCCCCUCUCCGCUCCUCCCCUCUCCACUCCUCCCCUCUCCGCUCCUCCCCUCUCUGCCCCUCCCCUCUCUUGCCCUCCCCUCUCUGCCCCUCCCCUCUCUUGCCCUCCCCUCUCUGCCCCUCCCCUCUCGCUUUUGUUUGAUCUUUUUUGUUUCUUGGUGGUUUAA